AUGGUGCCUUUUAUAAUAGUGUUUGUUAAACUGGCCUUACUCUCUGUAGUAUGUAAUCACGUAUUAAAAGAAAAUUCGCAAUCAAAUCAGGUGGAUUGUUUCGGUUUGGGGAAAACCUUGGCUGCAACUUUGGAAUGGUUCUUUAUCAACAAACCAAAUGGAACGGACGCUAUGGAUGUUCAGUUUCAUCUCUCUUCGAGAAAACAGCGACAACGUGUUGAGGUAAUGAUCGGUAAACAGUUUGGUUUGGAGUGGACGGACUUUAAAAUCGAACGGAGAACGGUCAUAGUUGUCCAUGGAUUUUUAUCGCACGGUCAACAGUGGUGGAUUAGCGACAUGGAGAAAGCAUUCCUCGAAUGGGGUGAUGUUAAUGUCGUGGUUGUAGAUUGGAAUAUCGGAGGUAAUACUUGGAACUACUACAAAGCGGCGGUUAACACGAGAAUAGUGGGCUAUCGACUCGCAAGAUUUUUAGAACACGUAGAGAAUAGAACAAGUGUCGAAGGUACUUCAAACAGCAGUAGCUGGGGACCGUUAUAUUUCGUGGGCCAUAGUCUCGGAGCACACAUUUGCGGAUUUGCUGCGAAAGAGUUGAAAAGAAGGCAGAGUAAAUGGAAAGUGGAAAGGAUAACGGGUUUGGAUCCUGCACAACCUUGUUUCAAGAGUGCCGACACCACCGUGAAACUUCACAAAUCCGAUGCACCCUUCGUUGACAUUAUACAUACCAAUGGUAGAUUACUUUCUCAGAUCGGAUUAGGUUUACCUGAAACAAUAGGUCACGUUGAUUUUUAUCCUAACGGCGGCAGAAGCCAACCUGGGUGCAUAAGAACCGAUGCUUCGUAUUUUGAGUAUUUACCUAUUCCUCUUGCAGCAAUUAAUAGGUCUAUAUGCAGUCAUGGACGUUCGUACGUUUACUUGACGGAAUCAUUGGCGUCCAAUGUUAAAGGCAAUUGCAGUUUCUGGGCGCAUCAUUGGGACUUGUCGUAUCGAAAUUUGUUGCAAAUAGCGAAAGAAUCUUGCAACAAAAGUAUUUGCACCGAAAUGGGCAUAAACGCGAUAAAUUAUCCUCAACGCGGAACGUUCUUUGUCGCUACUUCCAACAGUCCACCGUUUUGUAUUAACGACACACGUAUACUCGACGAGGUGAUAAUUCAAUUAGAAAAGGAUUACGUGGACGAACUUGACGAUUGA